AUGACACAGGAAGAUACAACAUCUUUACAUGCGCAUCGUUCGAAACGUCGAAUUUUACACACAAAAACCUUUCGUUUGGUAGCGAUGCUUUCGUUAACAUUCGGUUAUUUCAUUGUUGAACUCGUAGUUGGUAAUAUCACAAAUUCGGUUGCCUUAGUAGCUGACGCGUUUCAUAUGUUAUCGGAUGUUAUUUCGUUAGUGAUCGCUAUUGUAGCUGUUCGGAUCUCUCGACGUCAGACUGCUAUCAACACUUAUGGAUGGGUACGUGCGGAAGUCGUCGGCGCAAAUGUUAAUACCGUUUUUCUCUUGGCUCUCUGCUUAACAAUCGUCUUCGACGCUAUCAAGCGUUUCAUCCAACCAGAACCUAUCGAAAAUGUAACUCUGCUGUUAAUAGUUGGCUCAGUUGGAUUGGGAAUCAAUAUUAUCGGACUUUUCUUAUUCCAAGGAUUUCAUGGACAUUCACAUGGCGGCGGUUCUCAUGGUCAUUCUCACGGAGGUAAAAAAGCUCACGGGCAUUCACACGGUGGUAAAGCCCAUGAGCAUUCGCAUCAUCAUAGCGAAGCCAAUGGUCAUGACAAUAUUGCCAUGGAUAAUGUUGAUACGCCUAGUCUAACGACGAAUGCGUUUGACAGACAUAGCAAAAGAGCGCUAAAAGAAACUAUCGCGGAAUGUGCCCAUCAAACUGAUGAACAAGCGGACACAGUGAUUGAAAUGGAAGAUAAAACUUCGGAAAAGCCAAAAAAGAAGGCAUCAAUGAACAUGCACGGAGUAUUCCUUCAUGUACUAGCUGAUGCUCUUGGUUCAAUUGUUGUAAUCAUCAGUGCCUUAAUGAUCAAAUUCAUUCCACACGAUCCAGAAAACACGAAACAUUGGACGGUGUAUAUCGAUCCAACUCUAUCUGUUAUUAUUGUAAUCAUCAUCUCAGUGUCAGCAUUGCCACUCUUUCGUGAUACUUCUUACAUUCUUCUACAAACCAUUCCGAAUCAUCUCGAAAUCAGCGAAAUUAAAUCUCAAUUACUAACUACCAUUCCUGAAGUAUACGGUAUUCACGAACUGCAUAUUUGGCGCUUAACUAACGAAAAAGUAAUUGCUACUGCACAUCUAAGUCGACCGAAUCUGUCGAAUUACAUGUCAGUUGCUGAUAAAGUCAAACAAUUCUUUCAUUCCAUCGGUAUUCAUUCAGUUACGAUUCAAUACGAAUGUGAGGAUGAGAUGAAAAUCGAUCGGAAACAGAACGAAUCAGAUCAAUCGAAGAAGAUUGCCGGUGAUUGUUUACUUCGUUGUGCAGAUGCCGAGUGCGAUACUCAAACUUGUUGUACGAAAACAUCAGAUCGAACCAAUACUCUCUUGAAUGAUAAAGAUCCGAUAGAAAUCUUUUCAAUUACUCAACCGAAUCAAUCAAAUCAUUGA